AUGUCGUCGUCACAGAAUUAUGUCACCUCGGGCUUGCUGCUGCGGACGGCCUACGCCAUGAUAGCGACGACCACCCUCGUCUUCGUUGGCAGAGCCGCAACCAGGAUCUGGCGGCCAAAGCGCAUCAUGGCCGAGGACUACAUUCUGCUGUUGGCUUACCUGUUCUUCCUGUCCACGACGAUCCUCUAUAUCGUUGUCACGCCGACCAUGUACAGGGUGAGCGAUGUCGUGGCCGGCAAGAUUCCACCGUACGCCGAGCUCGCGGAUGACAGUCUCUUCAUGAUCAAGAUCUUCUUCGCUAACUCGAUGAUGUUCUGGUUCACGCUCUGGUCUGUCAAGUUCGCCUUCCUCGCCCUCUACUACCGUCUCAUGACUGGCAUCAAACGCUACAUGCAACUUUGGUGGGGCGUCCUCGCCUUCUCCGUCCUGACCCUCAUAGGCUGCAUCGUCUCCAACUUCACCUCCUGCCACAGCAUGCACGCCUGGUUCACGCCGGGCCUCUGCUCCACGCCGCGCGACGUCCGCGCCCAGAUCGCCUCCCUCUACUACGCCUUCGCGACCGACGUCCUGACCGACCUGAUGGUCAUGUUCCUGCCCAUCGGCCUGAUCUGGAACCUCCAACGGCCCACCCUGCAAAAAGUCGGCAUGGGCGUCCUCUUCGGCAUCGGCUGGAUCUGCAUCGCCAUGGCCAUCAUCCGCGUCGUGCAGAUCGGCAGCAAGGCCGGCAACGCCUCGACGCCCAGUUCCUCGUGGUUGGCCUUCUGGGCCAUCAUCGAGAGUGCCAUUGCCGUCAUCAUCGGCUGCGGGCCGGGCUUGUACUCGACCGCCAAGGAGGUCAGGAAUACGAGGAAGGGCGGCACCUACGGGAGCAGUGGCGUCGGCAAAGGCUAUGCCGGGCGCUACAUGUUUGAGAGUGAUGGGUACAGGCGACAGCGCAGCGGAGGCGAUCACAGAGGGGUCGGGCUGGAGAAGGACGAUACAGAGUUAGUGGGUAUCGCGAGCGUCAUUGGUGGCCGUCCGCCGCACAGGAAAGGCCAGCCCAGUAUGGAUAUCAUGGACUAUGGCCGGCGCGAUGCCGCGAGCAGCCAGGAGCAGUUGAACGAACCUGUCGGCGCAGGUCAGAUCCAGGUGAAGCGCACGGUCGAGGUCAACGAGCUGGAGCUGGGGCAGAAGAGGGCGUCACGUCAGGGGUAUAACUGGUGA